AUGAAGACCGCCACAGUCCUCCUCACGGCCGUCUCGGCCUUGGUGCCUGCCUCUGCUGCCUCGGAACUCAUGUCAACCCUGAAAAGGCUGAAGCUGGAUGCGUGGGCGGCGCAGUCUGAGGCUGGCAUAUUCGACAUUGAUCGAUAUGCCGCCCAGGCCGCGACCCCGUGCGUCAACGGCAAGGCGGGCGAGUACGCGUGCAACAAUGUAGAUCUGGUUAGUUUUUUGAGACAUCAGGACAUGGGAUCGAGCACUCGGCGCGGCAAUGACAUCUGGGGCUGGACUUCCUCCACGGGACGUGAGUUCGCCGCCGUCGGGCAGACGGACGGCACGGCCUUUGUCGAGGUCAAGAGCGACGGCUCGCUCGUCUACCUCGGACGACUACCCACCCAAACCACCAGCUCAUCGUGGCGCGACAUGAAGGUGAUCGGCGACUACGUCUACAUCGGCUCCGAAGCAUCCCGCCAUGGCCUACAAAUCUUCGACAUGAAAAAACUCCUCAACCUCUCCCCCUCCUCCCCCAAAACCUUCAGCACCACCAGCGACCUGACAGCGCACUACUCCGGCUUCGGCAACUCGCACAACAUCGUCGCCCACCCGGAAACCAACAUGAUCUACGCGGUCGGUUCCGGCGCAUCAGGCUGCCGCGGCGGGCUGUUCAUGCUCAACGUGAGCAACCCUGCCCGCCCUACCUCGCCGGGAUGUCUAUCUGCAGGUGGCUACGUGCACGACGCGCAGUGCGUCAUCUACCGCGGCCCCGACACGCGGUAUACCGGCCGCGAGAUCUGCUUUAACUUCAACGAGGACACGCUCGACAUUGUUGACGUCACGUCCAAAUCCCGCCCUACCACGCUGUCGAGCACGGCAUACAACGGGGCAAGCUAUACCCACCAGGGGUGGUUGGCUGAUGAGGAGAUGCGGUUUUUGUUGUUGGAUGACGAGCUUGAUGAGCAGACCCGCACCGGGCCGGCGGCGAAUCAGCGGACUACGACGUACAUUGUGGAUGUGUCCAACUUGACCAAGCCGGUGUUUACGGGGACGUAUCAGUCUCCGGCCAAGGCGAUCGAUCAUAACCAGUAUGUCAAGGACGGGCUGUCGUACCAGGCGAACUAUGGCUCGGGCUUGAGGAUUAUUGAUGUGAGAUCGCUGAGCACGGAUCCCACGGGGAAGGGGAUCAAGGAGGUCGGGUUCUUUGACUGCUACCCGGAGGAUGAUAGCGUUGGGGGUAUUGCUGAGUUUACGGGGACUUGGAGUGUGUAUCCGUACUUCAAGUCGGGGUAUGUGCUGCUGAAUAGCAUUGAGAGGGGGGUGUUUUCGCUCAGGUAUACUGGGAGUUAG